AAUGAUUUUUGAAUAGGAGAAAUUCCGAGUAUCCUUGAUUUUUGGUGAAUUUGCUUUUUGCUUAGAGUUUCGGAGAGAUGUUCGUGCAAAAGAAAAAGUUGGUGGAGCAUGUUCUGGCCAUGCGAGCCGAAGGGGGCAGUAGUGAUGAUGAUGAUGAGGAGGAGGACCAGGGCGACAUUUUGCAGCGGAGGCGCGAGGAAUGCGAGCGAAAGGCCCGUCGUGGGGAGAUGGAUCCCCGGCUGGAGUUCACCUUCCAGCUCCUAAUCGAUGCCACCCAGCUGCCCAGGCAUCAGCUCAUGGACUACAUAUUCGAAGGGGACAUGCUCGAUGAGAUCAAUCAGCUGUUCCUGCCCAAUAUGAAGAACAAGCUGCUGUGGUUCUACCAGGAGACGGAUGACCCAGAGCCCACGCCAGUGCCCGAUCCAAAUAAGCCGGGACCCUCGCGGUCCGGCGUAGCUUCCAGUAGCUCCAAGACCCCACAGGGUGGCGCGUCUCCAAGUGGAAUGCCACCACCCAAGCACAAGAAGCUGUUCCUCACAGAUGGAUGGACCUGUGCCUUCACCGGCGUAUGUAUCUAUAUAUUUCGGGUGAAUACCUCAAAGCAGCUGCCGGAGGAGGGUUUCCAGAAGGAUUUGUAUUGCGGAGUGAUCGAUGCCAAGAACAUCGGACUAGUGACCUCCAUCGAGCGAAUUGUGGAGUUCGUGUUCAUGCAGGCCCUGGCCUUUCCCAGUCUGGAGGGUGACGAGGAGGACGUGAGCUGUGGGCUCAUCAAGGGACAGCUUCUGCCGGGAUUGAGAUCCUUCUGCAGUGCCCUGCGCGUUUGCGAGCAGGUGUGUGACCAUCACAAUGUCUUUGCCGAUGGCUGCGACAUGUUCGAAAAAAUCGAUGCGGUGGAGGAGGUGAAGGACAUGUCCAAGAAUCAGGAGUUUUGCGCGCAGCUGGAGGAGCGCGUGAACAACUGGACAAAGGGCAUCCUGAAGAUACUUGGCGAGAGUGAGCAGCUGCGCAAGGAGAACGACCACAGUGGGCCGCAGGACGAGUUGGAGUACUGGAAGAAGCGAGGGGCCCAGUUCUCGCAGCUGCUGGCCCAUUUGCAGGACAAGGAGGUGCAGUUCACGCUGCACUGCCUCUUCCUAGCCGGCUCGCGCAUCAUAAAGCAGUGGAAGGAGACGGACCGGAAGAUCACGUUCUGCUACAACGAGGCGCGCGACAACUCCAAGUUCAUUCAGGCCAUGGAGACGUGCUGCCACUCACUUUACCUGGACGAUCCCGUGAGCAUGAAGGAGUCCAUCCUGAGCCUGCUGCAAACGGUGCGACUCAUCUAUAGCGUCUCCCAGUUCUACAACACAUCGGAAAGGACAUCCGCGCUGAUGGUUAAGAUAACUAACCAAAUGAUUGAAACAUGCAAGUCGUACAUUACUUGUCGCUGCAAGGAGACUAUUUGGUCACAGGAUCGCAAUGUGAUCCGCACCAAGCUGAGCAACUGCAUCAAGUUGAAUCACAUAUACCACGAGACCUACUACACGGUUAGGGAACAACCUUUUCUUCCGAACCAGACGCCUUUCGGAUUUUCCGAGAACUUUGUAUUCGGAAAAUUUGACACAUUUUGCGAGCGGCUUUCGAAGAUCAUUAGCAUGUUUAAUUUGAUUGACGACUACAAUCAUUUGUUCGAGCGUCGACUGGAAGGACUUCUUCUGGGUGAAGCCCUGGAGGAUGCCUCCAAUCACUUUGAGGAGGCCAAAAAGGACGUGACUUCUAGGAAAUACGAUUACCUGGAUCAUCGCAACUCAGACUUUAACAUCGACUUUGAGAGAUUCAUUCACAAAACGAACUCCUUAAAGGACACUAUUGCUACUCUGAUCGAAAAGGAUUUCGACACCGUUUGGGAGACACCGCAGUGCAUCCGAUUCCUGGUGCGAUUCGAGAAGGUGAGCGAGAAAAUUCCACUCACCAAAAUGGAUGAGAAGUACACGCGAAUCCUGCGCUACGUGGAGAAGGAGGUGGACCGCAUCUUGAAAACCUUCCGCAAACAGCGCGAUGAUCCACCGCUGGCCAGGAACUUUCCGCCAAUUGCCGGAAGGAUUCACUGGUGUCGUGCCCUGAGUCUCCACAUCACGGAGCUCAUGGAUGCGGUGAUGGAGCAUGUGGUGCUGAGCAACCUGCCCAUGGCCAAGGACCUGGAUGUGCGGUACCACAAUGUGCUGGGCAUCCUGCAGGAGUAUGAGGAUGAGAUUGUGUCCAUAUGGCUGGAUCAGGAUGUCAGCGUGGCCGAUGCAUGUCUCCUGCAGCCAUUGCUUAGUCUCCAGGGCGAUAAGCUGUUCGUCAACCUGCAUCCAACUAUCCCACUGCUCAUCCGGGAGGCCAAGAUGCUGGCCAAACUGGACAUCGAGCUGCCCAUUGUGGCUGCGACGCUGAUGAGUCGUCAGCAGUACUUCAUCACCAUACAGGACUCGCUCAAUUGCCUGAUUAAAAUGUUCCUAUCGACCGUGAGAGCUGUAAAGCUGGAGGUUCGUCCUUUGUUCCUCCCGCAGUUGGUGCGUCUCACGGCGAUGCUGAAGCCAGGAUUACACACCAUCAAUUGGACAAACCAAAACUGGACGGAGUUCUACGAGCGCUGCAAGCAGGCCAUUGAGAAUUUUGAUGUCCUGGUCGCUCGUGUCCAUGAUAUCUACUCCAAUCGCAUUCUCCACGUGCUGAUGUGGAUGCAGGAUGUCUCCCUGCAAAUUUUACCAGCAGACGAUGAAAUCUGGACAGUUGACGAGUUUCUGGAGCGGAGCGAGGAGGCUUGCCGCAAAGCGGCCAUCGAACUGAAUCGGAAGAGCCAAAUGGUGUCCGAGGCAGUGGAGGAGGUGCUCAGCCUGGUGGACAGGGCAACUGCUGCCUUCAAGGAGAUAGCCGGCGAUGAUGUGAUUACUUUGUUUGAUGCAGCCACUCCAAAAGGGGACAACUCCGGAUCUGGAGGACGCAAGCAGGAAGAUGGAGGAGGUGGGAGCGGCGGAGCUGCUGCACCCACGACCAGUGGUGGAGGUGGCGGCGGGCAGCAGCAGGACUGGAGCAUCCUGUGGUCCUGCUUUGAGAAUCCCCUGUCCCUCUUGUCCACCACAGAAAGUCUACCCAAAGGCAUGCAGGACAUGGUGUGCAAUGCGGUGGUCGAAAUGCGUCGCUACUACAGCCGCAAGGUGAUCGACGUGCUGAUCAAGGUGAUCCGGGCCGCUCUGGACACCCUCCGGCGUCGGUUCAUCGCCGACGAGAACGAGACGGUGUUCAAGAAGCCGGUCUUCGCGCUGCACGCGCAGCUGCAGAUACCCCAUGUGGUCAUCAAGCCGAAUCUGGACGAGCUGCAGGACAUAUUGGUGACGGCGGGCAAGAACAUCACGGGCAUUGCGAAGGGCGUGGCGCAAUGGAGCAGCGGCAAAGAUCCGCCGGUGCGUACCGCCCCACUGAAUAGCUUCGCAAUGUUCUCCAAAAUCUUGUCUUACCAACCGCAGCAAGUUUCGAUGACGGUGCAGCCGCGCGUCGGACGCAACCACAACGAGUCCACCGGUGGCGGGAAGAGCCGGCGGCGCAAGAUCUACUGCCUGGCCUCGGAGGAGCGCCCGCAGAUGCCGCACAUGCUCAAGAGCUUCUACUCGGCCAUUAUGGACAACAAGGAGGUGGCCAAGGCGGUCAACCAGCUGGCCAGCUGCACGAAGAACGUGAAGCCGGAGAUCCAAACCUACAUCAAGCGCUGGAAGCCAUAUCACUUCCUCUGGAAGAACGACCGCACCACCCGCCAGCUGAUGGAGUUCGGCCUGCAGGAGUUCGAAACCACGCUGCGAUGUCUCUCGGACCUGGAUGCCAAUCUGCUCGUGGAGCCGGACAUGGAGGUCUUCGGCCAGUGCGUGGCCGUCUACAACGAAAGGCUUAAGUAUGGUUUGGCCAUUGAGAUCAAGUCCUGCAACCACAAAAUCGGACAGGCCAUGAAGAAGAAGUACAAGAAGGAGAUGGACUACGUCUAUGCGGUAAUCAACGAGAUGGAUCGCAAGCUGGACAGGCCCAUCCGCGACCUGGACGAUGUGCGUAUGAUUAUGGAGACGCUGGGUAAGAUUCGGGAGCAGGAAGUGGACAUGGAGCUGCGCAUCGAUCCCAUAGAGGAAGCCUUCAAUGUCCUCACCCGCUACGAGGUGCAGGUGGAGCGGGAGCAGUUCGAUUUGGUGGACAAUUUGCGGGCCACAUUUCAGAAUCUUUUGGCAGGUGCGCUGCAGGCGCAGGUUAAGCUGCUGGACAUGCAGCCGGCCUUCCAGGACGAUCUGCGCACCAAUCUGGACAACUUCAAGCAGGACAAGAUCUCCUACGUAACGGAGUACCGCACUGCGGGACCGAUGCAGGCCGGACUGACGCCUCGCGAGGCCUCCGACCGGUUGAUACUGUUCCAAAAUCGAUUCGAGGGCAUGUGGCGACGCCUACAGACGUACCAAAGUGGCGAGGAACUCUUCGGUCUGCCCCAGACGGACUAUCCAGAGCUCGGCCAGAUUCGCAAGGAGCUGAACCUGCUGCAGAAGUUGUACAAGCUGUACAACGACGUGAUCGACCGCGUGAGCAGCUACUACGACAUUCCGUGGAACGAGGUGGACAUCGAGGAGAUCAACAACGAGCUGAUGGAGUUCCAGAACCGCUGCCGCAAGCUGCCCAAGGGCCUCAAGGAGUGGCCGGCGUUCCAUGCUCUGAAGAAGACCAUAGACGACUUCAACGACAUGUGUCCGCUACUGGAGUUGAUGGCGAAUAAAGCCAUGAAGCCACGCCACUGGCAACGGAUCAUGGAUGUUACUCGCUACAUCUUCGAGUUCGACUCGGAGGGUUUCUCGCUCAAGAACAUAUUGGAGGCGCCGCUGCUGAAGCACAAGGAGGACAUCGAGGACAUCUGCAUCAGUGCGAUGAAGGAGAAGGACAUCGAGGCGAAGUUGAAGCAGGUCACCAACGAGUGGUCCGUGCACGAGCUGCAGUUCAUGAGCUUCAACAAUCGCGGCGAGCUGCUGCUCCGGGGCGACACCACGGCGGAGACGAUUGGCCAGCUGGAGGAUAGCCUGAUGGUGCUGGGCUCCCUGCUCUCCAACCGCUACAACGCCCCCUUCCGCAAACAGAUCCAGCAGUGGGUCUACGAUCUGUCCAAUUCGAAUGAGAUCCUGGAGCGAUGGCUACUCGUGCAGAACAUGUGGGUCUAUCUGGAGGCUGUGUUUGUUGGUGGCGAUAUCGCGAAGCAACUGCCUAAGGAGGCGAAAAGGUUUUCGAAAAUAGACAAAUCCUGGCAGAAGAUCAUGCAGCGGGCCCACGAGACUCCCGGUGUUGUGGCCUGCUGUGUGGGCGAUGAUCUGCUUAAACAGCUGCUGCCGCAUCUGCAGGAGCAGCUGGAGAUUUGCCAGAAAUCCUUGAGUGGUUACUUGGAGCGCAAGCGCAUGAUGUUUCCACGCUUCUUCUUUGUGUCAGAUCCUGCCCUGCUAGAGAUACUGGGUCAGGCUUCCGAUUCGCAUACCAUACAGAACCACCUCCUCAACAUAUUCGACAAUACCAAAUCGGUGAAAUUCCACGACGUGGAGUACAACAAGAUGAUGGCCAUCAUCAGCAGCGAGGGCGAGAUGAUCCAGCUGGACAGGGCCAUUCGAGCGGAGGGCUCGGUGGAGACCUGGCUAACCCAACUGCUGGUCACGGCCCAGGCCUCGCUGCACUCGAUCAUCCGCACCGCCUAUGCCACCAUCAACGAUCCCAACUUCACGCUGCUCAGCUUCCUGGAGAAGGCUCCGGCCCAGAUCGGACUGCUGGGCAUUCAGAUGGUGUGGACCCGGGAUGCCGAAAUGGCACUGAUGCGGGGACGCGAACGGAAGGUCAUGAUGGAGACCAACAACAAGUUCCUGGAGAUGCUGAACACCCUCAUCGACCAGACUACGCGCAAUCUCACGAAGCGGGAGCGCACCAAUUUCGAGACCCUGAUUACGAUUCAUGUGCAUCAGCGCGAUAUCUUUGAUAUCCUGUGCCGCAUGAACAUCAAGUCGGCCAAUGAUUUUGAGUGGCUCAAGCAGUGUCGCUUUUACUUCAAAGAGGACUUGGACAAAACUUGGAUUUCGGUUACAGAUGUUACAUUCACCUAUCAGAACGAGUAUCUGGGAUGCACAGAUCGCUUGGUUAUCACACCUCUAACAGAUCGAUGUUACAUAACUCUGGCCCAGGCACUCACCUUGUCCAUGGGCGGCGCGCCAUGCGGACCAGCCGGAACGGGAAAAACGGAGACCGUAAAGGAUAUGGGCAAGACGCUGGCCAAGUAUGUGGUCGUCUUUAAUUGCUCCGAUCAAAUGGAUUACAGAGGCUUGGGUCGCAUCUACAAGGGAUUGGCCCAAUCCGGCAGCUGGGGCUGCUUCGACGAGUUCAAUCGCAUCGAACUUCCGGUCUUAUCCGUGGCUGCCCAACAAGUGGCCGUCGUCCUGACCGCCAAAAAGGAGAAGCGAAAGACCUUCCUCUUCACCGAUGGCGAUACGAUUGAAAUGAAUCCUGAAUUCGGAAUCUUCAUAACUAUGAAUCCAGGAUACGCUGGUCGUAAGGAAUUGCCCGAGAAUCUGAAAAUUCAAUUCCGCACCGUCGCAAUGAUGGUGCCGGAUAGACAGAUUAUCAUACGUGUUAAGCUGGCCAGUUGCGGAUUCCUGGAAAACAUUACGCUGGCCAGGAAGUUCUACACCCUGUACAAGUUGUGCGAGGAGCAACUUACCAAACAGGUGCACUACGAUUUCGGACUGCGGAACAUCCUGUCCGUCCUGCGAACACUGGGAGCAGCCAAGCGAAGGAACUCCAAGGACACCGAGAGCACCAUUGUGAUGCGCGUGUUGCGCGACAUGAAUCUCUCCAAGCUGAUCGACGACGAUGAGCCGCUUUUCAUGUCCUUGGUCUCGGAUUUGUUUCCCAAUCAGACGCUGGAAAAAACCAAUUACCCAGAACUGGAGGCAGCGAUUCUCCAGCAAACGGACGAAGCCAGUCUGGUGUACCAUCCUCCCUGGGUCCUCAAACUCAUCCAGCUGUACGAGACCCAAAAUGUUCGCCACGGCAUCAUGACCCUGGGGCCAAGUGGAGCUGGCAAGACCACCUGCAUCCACACCCUGAUGAAGGCCAUGACCCAGAUGGGCGAUAAUCAUCGCGAGAUGCGUAUGAAUCCCAAGGCCAUCACGGCUGCCCAAAUGUUUGGACGCCUCGAUGUGGCCACCAAUGAUUGGACAGAUGGCAUAUUCUCAGCUCUGUGGCGGAAGACUCUGAAGCUGAAGGCAGGCGAGCACGUGUGGUUGGUUCUGGACGGACCGGUGGACAGUAUUUGGAUAGAGAAUCUGAACUCUGUGCUGGACGACAACAAGACGCUAACUCUGGCCAAUGGCGAUCGUCUGACCAUGGCACCAACCGUGAAGAUCAUAUUCGAGCCGCACAACAUUGACAAUGCAUCGCCAGCCACAGUGUCCCGCAAUGGAAUGGUCUACAUGAGUUCCUCUGGAUUGGAUUCUCGACCAAUUGUUCAGGCCUGGUUGAAGAACCGUGCUCCAGGUGAAAAGUCGACGUUCUCGGAUCUUUUCGAUCAGACCUUCGUGGAGGUCUACAACUGGGGAGUGCAGAUGGUAAAGUUGCAGAUGCCUGUGCUGCAGUGCAACAUUGUCCAGCAGAUGCUGUUCAUCCUGGAAGGCUUGAUAACAGUCAAAAAGGAGGACGAACAGGCCGUGAGCCUGUCCAGCAAGGAGAGCCACGAUGAGGACCUCCCUCCGGAGACUUCGAUCGAGGAGAAGGAGGACACGUGCACCCCAGAACACUUGCACCGCUUGUACAUCUUCGCGCUCGCCUGGGGCCUGGGCGGUUACCUCUCCACUAGCGACCGCCAGAGAAUGAACCUCUUCGUGAAGGAAUCCUUCCCGCAGCUGGACUACCCGAAGGGUAGUGCCCACGAGAACACAAUAUUUGACUUCUUCGUUUCUCCAGCGGGCGUGUGGCAGUCGUGGAAGACGCUCGUCACCCCCUAUAUGUAUCCGGAGCUUUCCACACCAGACUAUCUGAGCAUUCUGGUGCCCAUCGUGGAUAAUGUGCGCAUCGACUACCUGAUCGGCACCAUUGCCAAUCAGGAGCGCGCCGUGAUGGUGAUUGGCGAACAGGGCACGGGCAAGACGGUGAUCAUGAAGAACUUCAUGAAGAAGAUGAACGUUGAGUCGUACAUGGGCCGGUCCUUUAACUUCUCAUCGGCCACCAGUCCGUAUCAGUUUCAGCGCACAAUUGAGAGCUAUGUGGAGAAGCGCGUUGGGGUCACCUUCGGGCCACCCGGUGGCCGGAAAUUGAUUGUCUUCAUCGAUGACAUCAAUUUGCCCGAGAUCAAUGAGUGGGGCGAUCAAAUAACCAACGAAAUUGUGCGCCAAUCCAUGGACAUGAAGGGCUUCUAUAGUUUGGAGAAGCCCGGUGACUUCACCACUAUCGUGGAUGUCCAAUAUGUGGCGGCCAUGGGCCUGCCCGGCGGCGGACGCAACGACAUCCCAUCCCGUCUAAAGCGCCAAUUUUGCGUAUUCAAUUGCAACAUUCCCGACAACGACUCCAUCGAUAAGAUCUUCCGCGUUAUCGGCGAGGGUCACUACAACGCCAAGCGCGGCUUUGUGCCCGAGAUCCGCAGUCUGGUCAAGAAGCUGAUCGUCGUCACCCGCCAUCUGUGGCAGCGCACGCGCGAGAAGCUACUGCCCACUCCGGCCAAGUUCCACUACGUUUUCAGUCUGCGCGACUUGUCGCGCAUUUGGCAGGGCAUGGUUGGCACCUUAUCCACGGUGAUCACUUCCGAAAGUGUCCUCAUGGCAUUGUGGAAGCACGAGUGCACGCGAGUUUUCGCCGAUCGCUUCACCACGUUCCAGGACAAGGAGUGGUUCGGCUCAGAGCUGGCAUGUCUCGUGCGCGAGGAGUUGGGCGACUCCCACUCCCAGAUGAUCCUGCCGAAUCCGGUGUUCGUUGAUUUCAUGCGCGACGCCCCCGAGCCAACUGGCGAGGAGGGCGAGGACACCGACAUGGAGCUACCCAAGGUUUACGAGCCGGUCCACUCACAUGAAGUGCUCCGCGAGCGUCUCGUCAUGUUCCUCGCCCAGUUUAAUGAAAUGGUGCGAGGGUCGGGAAUGGAUUUGGUGUUCUUCCCGGAUGCAAUGCUGCAUCUGGUGAAGAUCUCCCGCAUCAUUCGGCAUCCGAGGGGAUCCGUUAUGCUUGUCGGGGUCGGCGGUUCUGGAAAACAGUCGCUAACGAAAUUGGCAUCGUUCAUAGCCGGCUACAAGACAUUCCAAAUUGCGUUGACGCGUUCGUACAACGUGGCCAAUUUUCUUGAGGAUCUAAAGCUGCUCUACCGCACCUGCGGCGUUCAGGGCAAGGGCACAACCUUUCUCUUCACCGACAUGGAUAUCAAGGAGGAAGGUUUCCUCGAGUAUCUGAACAACAUACUCUCGAGCGGCGUUAUAUCAAAUUUAUUCUCGCGCGAUGAGCAGGCCGAAAUCGUGCAGGAGCUAACGCCGGUCAUGAAACGCGAGAAUCAACGCAAAACAGCGACCCCGGAAAGUGUGAUGGACUUCUUUUUGGCGCGCACCUGCACCAAUCUGCACGUGGCCUUCUGCUUCUCGCCCGUGGGCGAGACGUUCCGGUCCAGGGUGCAGCGCUUCCCCGCCUUGGUCUCCGGCUGCACCAUUGACUGGCUGCAUCCGUGGCCCAAGGAUGCAUUGGUCUCGGUUGCCCGACACUUUCUGAGCCACUUCGAGAUCGAGUGCACACCGGCCGUCAAGGAGGAGCUGGUCAAUGCCCUCGGCUCCAUACAGGACAUCGUUGCGGAAACGUCGCAGGAGUACUUCCAGCGAUUCCGCCGCGCAACGCACGUGACACCCAAAUCUUAUCUGAACUUCAUUGCCGGCUACAAGAAUAUCUAUCAAAUGAAGCAGCAAGAGCUGCGCGAUGGUGUGGAGAAGAUGGAUACGGGCUUGGAGAAACUGAAAGAGGCCUCCGCCUCGGUUGAGAUCCUCAAGAAGGAUCUAGUGGUAAUGGAAGAGGAGCUUGUAGAAGCCUCUAAGAAUGCGGAAUCAGUGCUAGUGGAGGUGACGGAGCGCGCGAUGCAAGCGGAGAUCGUCAAGAACCAGGUGCUCAUCGUGAAGGAUAAGGCCGAGGCCCUGGUGGCCUGCAUCGCCCACGAGAAGGCGCUGGCCGAGGAGAAGCUGGAGGCGGCAAAGCCGGCUCUGGAGGAGGCCGAGAAUGCCCUGAACACAAUCAAGCCGGCCCACAUCGCCACCGUGCGCAAGUUGGGCCGUCCGCCGCACCUGAUCAUGCGGAUCAUGGACUGCGUCCUGAUCCUAUUCAAGCGGAAGCUGCAUCCAUGCAUUCCUGACGCGGGCACACCGUGCCCGAAGCCUUCGUGGCAGGAAUCCCUAAAGAUGAUGGCCAGUGCCACCUUCCUGCUGCAGCUGCAAAACUAUCCCAAGGAUACCAUCAACGACGAGAUGAUCGAUCUGCUGCAGCCCUACUUCCGCAUGGAGGACUACAACAUGGACAUGGCACGCCGAGUGUGCGGAGACGUGGCUGGCUUGCUGUCCUGGACCAAAGCCAUGUCCUUCUUUCACAGCGUCAACAAGGAGGUGCUGCCCCUGAAGGCAAAUCUCACCAUGCAGGAAGCGAGACUAAAGCUUGCUAUGGACGACUUGGCUGGUGCCGAGGAGCAGCUGCGGGAGCGCGAGGAAGCCCUCCAGGCUGUCAAGGAUCAGUACGACAAGGCUGUGGGCGAGAAACAGAGGCUGACGGAUGCGGCCAACGUUUGCCUGCGCAAAAUGACCGCGGCUACGGCGCUGAUCAAUGGAUUGUCGGAUGAGAAGCACCGCUGGACCAACCAGAGCAAGGAGUUCAAGAUACAGCUGGGUAAACUGGUGGGCGAUGUGCUGUUGGCCACCGGCUUCCUCUCCUACUGCGGACCGUACAACCAGGAAUUCAGAGCCAAUCUGAUCAAGACUUGGAUGGGCAUACUGAAGCAGAAGAACAUACCCUUCACCACCGGACUGAACAUCAUCAACAUGCUGGUGGACUCAUCGACCGUGUCGGAAUGGACGCUACAGGGAUUGCCCAACGAUGAGUUGUCGGUGCAGAAUGCCCUGAUAGCCACCAAGUCGAGCAGUUAUCCACUGCUGGUGGAUCCGCAGACGCAGGGCAAGAUCUGGAUCAAGUGCAAGGAGGAUCGCAACGAACUGCAAAUAACCUCCCUGAAUCACAAGUACUUCCGCACCCAUCUCGAGGACUCGCUGUCGCUGGGCAGGCCACUGCUGAUCGAGGAUGUGGGCAUUGACCUGGAUCCGGUGAUUGACAAUGUGCUGGAGAAGAACUUCAUCAAGUCGGGCAGCAUAGAGAAGGUGUUGGUGGGCGACAAGGAGUGCGACGUGAUGCCGGGCUUUAUGCUCUACAUCACCACGAAAUUGCCCAAUCCAGCCUUUAGUCCGGAGGUCAGUGCCAAGACCUCGAUCAUUGACUUUACGGUCACCAUGCGGGGGCUUGAGGACCAGCUUUUGGGUCGCGUCAUCCUCAUGGAAAAGUCCGAUUUGGAGGCGGAGAGGGUGGCUCUCUUUGAGACGGUCAUGCAGAACCAGCGGAAUAUGAAGGAGCUGGAGGCGAACCUCCUGCUCCGACUGAGCUCAUCCCAGGGCUCCCUGGUGGAUGAUGAAGCUCUAAUCGAAGUGCUGCGCGUCACGAAGACCACUGCGGAGGAGGUCAACCAGAAGCUCAAGAUCUCCGAAGUCACGGAGCGCAAGAUCAUGAAGGCGCGCGAGGAGUUCCGGGCGGUGGCCAAACGUGGAUCGAUCCUUUACUUCCUGAUCGUCGAGAUGAGCAAUGUGAAUGCCAUGUAUCAGAACUCGCUGAAACAGUUCCUGGUCAUUUUCAACCAUUCCAUCACCAAGUCAACCAAGUCCAGCGUCACCGAGGAGCGAAUUAACAUCAUUUUGCGUUACUUGACCUACGAGGUGUACAAGUUCACCAAUCGCAGUCUUUACGAGAGGCACAAGCAGUUGUUCACCCUGAUGCUGGCCAUCAAGAUUGAUUACCACAAUGGAAACAUCAGCCACGAGGAGUUCCUCACCUUCAUCAAAGGCGGUGCUUCGUUGGACCUGAAUGCCGUCACCCCGAAACCCUUCCGCUGGAUUCUGGACAUCACCUGGCUGAAUCUGGUGGAGAUCAGCAAGCUGGAAACCUUCUCCACAGUCCUCCAGGUGAUCGAGCUGAACGAGAAGGAUUGGCGCUGCUGGUACGAGUGCGAGAAGCCGGAGAACGAGGAGAUCCCCUGCGGAUACAAUGCCAUACUGGAUGGCUUCCGGAAGCUGCUGCUCAUCCGUUCAUGGUGUCCCGAUCGCACAAUUUCGCAGGCAAAGAAGUAUAUAGAAGAAUCUUUGGGACCGGAGUAUAGUGAAAUGCAAAUCCUUGAUUUGGAAGAAAUGUGGCUAGAGUCCGAACCUCGUACUCCAUUUGUUUGCCUGCUGUCCAUCGGAUCGGAUCCGACCACCCAAAUUGGAGCUCUGGCCAAGCAAAAGAGCAUAGUUCUGAAAUCCGUGUCGAUGGGUCAGGGGCAGGAGUACCACGCACGCAAAAUGAUAAUCGAGUCGAUGGCCAUCGGUGGAUGGGUGCUGCUCCAGAACGUGCACCUGUCGCUGCCCUUCUGCUCCGAGAUAAUCGACAUGCUGGUGGAGAGCGAGCACAUAGAUGACUCCUUCCGCAUGUGGGUGACGACGGAGCCGCACAACGAGUUCCCCAUCGGCCUGCUGCAGAUGGCUCUCAAAUUCACCAAUGAACCCCCACAGGGAAUACGUGCCAGUCUCAAGCGGAGCUACCAGUCGUUCACCCAGGACUUCCUCGACUACACCUCGGCCACCCAGUGGCCCCCGCUGCUCUAUACGGUGGCCUUCCUCCACACCAUCGUCCAGGAGCGGCGCAAGUUCGGUCCACUGGGUUGGAACAUACCCUACGAGUUCAACCAGGCUGACUUCGCGGCUAGCGUUCAGUUCAUCCAGAACCAUCUGGACGAGAUGGAUCCCAAGAAGGGCGUCUCCUGGCAGACCCUGGUCUACAUGAUUGGCGAGGUCCAGUACGGCGGUCGGGUGACCGAUGACUUUGACAAGCGACUGCUCACCACAUUCACCUCCGUGUGGUUCUGCGAACCACUGCUGUCCAAUUCCUUUGAGUUCUACAAGGGCUACAAGGUGCCGGGCACGAAGAGUCUGCAAGGAUUCAUCGAUUAUAUCAACAGUUUGCCGGCCUACGACACCCCCGAGGUGUUUGGCCUGCACUCCAAUGCCGACAUCACGUACCAAAUAAACUCGGCCAAAGGCAUCCUCGACACCAUCCUAAGUGUCCAGCCCAAGGAGGGCGGCGGAGGCGGAGGCGAGACCCGGGAGAGCAUCGUCUACCAACUGGCGGAUGACAUGCUACGCAAACUGCCCGCCCAGUACAACGCCUACGAGGUGCGGGAGAACCUGACCCGAAUGGGCAUACUCCUGCCCAUGAACAUUUUCCUCAGGCAGGAAAUCGAUCGGAUGCAGAGGGUCAUUAAACGCGUCCACACCUGCCUCUGCGACCUCAAGCUGGCGAUUGAUGGCACCAUUGUGAUGAGUCCCGCCCUGAAGGAGUCGCUCGAUGCCAUGUACGAUGCCCGCAUCCCGGAGACCUGGAUGAAGAUAUCCUGGGAAUCGACUACGCUGGGCUUUUGGUACACCGAGCUGCUCGAGCGCAAUGGACAGUUUCGCACUUGGAUAUCAACAGAUAGACCAAAGGUGUUCUGGAUGACCGGCUUCUUCAAUCCUCAAGGCUUUCUAACAGCCAUGCGACAGGAGGUGACGCGUGCCCACAAAGGUUGGGCCCUGGACUCGGUGGUGCUGCAGAACCAAAUAACGCGCUACAACAAGGAGGACAUCACCGAGUAUCCCACGGAGGGCGUCUAUGUCCACGGAUUGUUCCUGGAGGGUGCCUCCCUGGAUCGUCGCAGCGGCAAGCUGAUUGAGUCCAAGAUGAAGGUGCUCUACGAACAGAUGCCCGUCAUCUAUAUAUACGCGAUAAACACGACGGCCGGCAAGGAUCCCAAGCUGUACGAGUGCCCCAUCUAUCGGAAGCCGCAGCGGACGGACAUAAAGUAUGUCGGUUCCAUUGACUUCGAGACCGAAUUCAAUCCCAAGCACUGGACCCUGCGCGGAGUGGCCCUGCUCUGUGACAUCAAGUGAACCCGAAAUGGAAUGGUAGCCCCCAGACCGUUGCCUGUUUCCAGGUCCAAUACCGAAGCCAUUGUCCAUUGUUUGCCAUCAUGUCAACGGCUGUACGUGAGUGGGGCUCCUAAUGGCCCUGUGAUAAUUAUCUUUUUUCGUUGGUUGGACGUUAAAGUUUCGUUGCGUUCCUUGUAAUCCGGCGCAAAUACAACGUUAUUAAUUAAGCCCUCGGGUGAGGCAGGCCAAACUGUUUGCACUCGGGAGCGACCAGCACAAUUAUUAUUAGCUGUUAUCCAUUUUGGUCGAAAUAAAAAGCGCACCUAGAAAACCCUUAGAGAAUUAGGCAUGUGAGUAGCGAAAUCGCAGAGUUUAAUAAAGCCUUAGGUACACAAGUGUA